GUCAAAGUGCGAGACGGGGCGAGAGAGCAUUGGGCUUCUAUUGCAGAAUUCUCCAAACUUCAGACGAGUAGUGUAGGCUAAUCACUUCAACAAAAGCUAAUUGGAGUCAGGAGUUAGCAAACAUGGAGUCCAGUCAAUGAAACAGAAUUAUGGAUUACCCGAAGAUCGCAGCCGAUGUUUCGCGAAAGAUUUUAUCAUACAGCGAAGAUACAGUAGGAUGGAAAACAGGAAAGACUUCAAAAAAUGUAGUAGUUUCCUGGAAACCGUCUAACGAAUAUUCGGGAAACAUAUAUCGAGGAGAAGGAAUAGUUGAGGGAACCCCAGAAAAAAUCAUCCCGUUUUUGUAUCUACCUGAAUAUAGAACCAAGUGGGACAAGGCACUGCAAUCCUACUCGUUACUAGAACAAAUUGACAAGGACACGGUCAUCUCGCAGAGUCUCACUCACAGCUAUGGAAUGGGUUUAAUCUCUCCGCGGGAAUUCAUUGAUGUGACACAUAUCAAGAAGUAUGACGGGGGAGUCAUAACCACCAACUCGAUAAGUGUAGAAUACCCAACAUGUCCUGUAUCCCCCUCAUACGUUCGCGGCUUUAAUAAUCCCUGCGGAUAUGUUUGUUCUCCUUUGCCUGAGAAUCCAGCCCAGACCCGAUUUGUGGUUUUCAUCCAACCUGAACUCGGAGGAUUACUGCCGCGCUCCGUCGUGGAAUCUGCUCUCCCCAACAAUGUUAUUAACCUGAUCAAUGAUGUCAGGGUGGGAUUAAAAAAGCUUUUAUCCUAAAGAGAAGAUAUAAGCUUUUUCCUCCCCAAGGACUGUACCAUACAGGGUCUGGAAGAUAAACAUCAGGCAGCUAUACAAGCCACGCAACCAAAAGACGGCAUUCCAGAAAUGGCAAAUUUCUACAUUCUUUAUGUAAUCAAGAAAGAGAUUAAGAUGGGUGCAGGUAUUACAGGAUGGCAUUUCACUGCCUACUUCUAAUUUUAUACGGUCCAAUAUAUUUUAAAUAGAUUUAAUGUUUGAUGAUGUCAUUUCCUGCUCCCUUAUGUCAUCAGGGACCCAAACACCAGAAAGCAAAUAUAAAGAAAUUGUAACAAAA